AUGGAGAUAGUGAAUAAGCUGAGGAAGCUGGACGCAUACCCCAAGAUAAACGAGGAUUUCUACAGCAGGACUCUGUCGGGGGGCGUCAUCACCCUCGUUUCUUCCGUCGUCAUCAUCUUUCUCUUUAUUUCCGAGAUCAGUAGGGCCCCGUUACUCUCUCGCUCUCUCUCUCUCUCUCUCUCUCUCUCUCUCUCUCUCUCUCUCUCUCUCUCUCUCUCCAGAAACUGUGAUGGAUUUCUUAUUGCUUUGAGGUUUCUUUUCUGUGGCUCUACGCCUCUGCAUGGAAGCACGAAAGUUUCUAUUUCUUUGUUUCUUCGCACAUCUCUCUACGUUUUGGCAUUUCGACGAUGAGUGACGGGACUGGAUUUGAGCGUUAGUGUUCUUCUGCAGUGAUUUUAUCGAAUUAAAUUCGUUCUGCUAUCCUUUUGCUCCAGUUUACCGUAUGAAAUUCAUUGUCGCAGUGCUUUCGAAUCUGGAGAAUUUUUCUUCCUCAAAAAUCUGUCUUAUUGCACCAUAUUGAUUUAUUUUCCUUUGUGGAGCAAGAGUGCAUUUAUUAUGCGCAGAUCAAGAUGGAGAGAAAUAUUCAGAAUAUCCCUCUUUUAAUGGACUUCACAGGACUUCAAUCUAUUAGACUUUGAUUUCGUCCGUCGUUCUUUCAUAAUAGGAGAGGUCCUCCAAUCUCUCCCCAGAAGGAAUAGAGAUCCAUGAGCAGUUUGCAGUUAUGAAAUGACUCAGUUGACUCAUUCGUGAAGAAAGUAGACAAUCUGGAUUGUUAAAUAGUUAAAUGCCCUCGAUGCCAAGAUAAUUGGGUUGACUUAUUUGGGUCGGAAUUAGCCUCGUUGGUCUUCUCCAGGUUCAGCAAAUGACCUAACCUGUUUGUGAAAUGUGGAUCUCACAAAAUCAGGCUAGGAAGAGAAGAAUAGCUAAAUAUUUAGCUCCUUGAUAUGAAUCAGUCUCUGUCAAUGAUCCCCAUGUUUACUACUGCUCCUAGUUUUUGAGGAUUCCUUUCUAUCCAUUCACUGCAACUAUUUUAUUGUCUGCAGGAUUAUUUCUGAAUUCAGCCACUGAAAGUAAGCUGGUAGUUGAUACGGCCAGAGGGGAGACUCUGCAUGUCAAUGUCUGUACUUGUAAACGCGCCUCUUUAUUUACUGCUUUAUUUUCCCUUUUAUAGGCAAUAUUCUCUUCUCUCUUGUUCAGUUCGUUUUUUUCUUAUUUAUUUCCUAUUGCGUUCAAUCAAGCUGAUGGUUCAUUUAUGGAAACCUUGGUCUCGGACAACUAGAAAAUAAAUUGAAAGAAUGAACAAGAUUUCUGUAUCGCUCAUCGUUUUUAAUGUUUCUUCUCGGAAUUUGUUCUCUUAACAAGCAUCGCAACAUUGAAAAUGGCGACUUUGGCUAGAGAAAACUGAGCAUGCCUCCAGCUGCCUCAGCGAGCAGAGGAUUAGCAAACCCAUUCUGUCCGAAAUGGGUGCCAAUGCGCCAAGGUUUUCCACAAUUUCUUGAUGUGAUCUGUCUCCAGGAGACCGAACACCAAUUUUACGGCAAAUAAAAAGGUCCUGCAAUUUUAGACACUGUGCCUUAUUUGGGCAGGUCUGUGGGUAUGCUGAGUGCCUGUCCUGUAUCAUCUUCAUCAUACCAUCCUCGUUUUAAUGAUAUUUUCUCGUAGCUGUUCGUUCGUCCUAAGUAACCUUUUAGUUGAAGAAUCCUUGGAAGUACUCUGUUCUUAUGUGGAUGGCUUUCUUCCGAGAAUAGAAAGAACCAUGAGAUGAAUAUAAUCUUGAGUACAUUAUUAAUUCUUAUUUUCUGAUCGAGCUUCGUUCUGAAUGCAUGUUGCUUUGUGACUGCGCAGUUUGAUGUAACUUUUCCGGUUCUUGCUUGCUCACUCCUUAGUGUCGAUGCUGGGGACAUUAGUGGGGAGCGGCACUUUGAUAUAGUACGUUUAUUUGCUUCUAUUGGCGCACUCGUUGCUGGAAAAAAAAUAAAAUCCCAGCAAUUCUAUUUUUCAUCCGAAAUUUUAUUUAUUUAUUUAUUUCAACUUUAUUAUCUUUCAGAGGCAUGACAUAAUAAAGAAAAGACUGGACAGCCAUGGGAAUGUGAUUGAAGCCAAACAAGAUGGAAUUGGUGCUCCUAAGGUUUAUAUUAUCCUGCUCUACUCGUUAUCUUUUUUUUUUGUACUUAUCUGGCCUUCAUACGAGAUAGGCCGGUGAUUUGGCCGUUUGCAGGCAUGUAAACAGGCCCAUCUUCUUUGGAUGCAUGAAUUUUGAAAAAAGCACUUUUGCUGAAUCUUUUAUACUGAUUUUUUUUCUAUAUUUUGCAUAAAAUCUUCGACAUCUUCUUCUCCCCAACUGCCAUCAACUCGAGAAUUUAAGAAAAAAGCGCUCUUAUAAUUGUCUUUAGUGUGGCAUCAGCAUUGAAAUGUUCAUUUUCUUCAUUUGCUGCCAUCUUUUUAUUGAUUUCUGCAUCUCGUGCAUGACCCGGGUGGCCAAUUAUAUACAGAUUUUUGUCUCUGCCUUAUGCCUACACAGAGAAACGGAAUUGAGAAUGUUGGAUUAGAAAUCCAUCAGAAAACAGGUUGUUGCAGAAGAGAAAAAAAGAAUAACCAAAUGAAACCCUAAGCAUGAUCGAUAUUUAGAGUGUGUCACCAGUUCUUAUGGGAACCUUCUGUAGCAUGACUAAUGUUCAUGCUAUUGGAGGGUAGUGUUUCUUGAGAUUAUCUGUGAUUUUUAUGCGUUGACUCUGAUCGCCAAUGGGAUUACUUUCAACUGCCGCUUCUUUCCUCUGUAGUCUUUCCCCCUUCAGAUCUUAGGGGGUGACAUUCAAAAGCAUGACUAAUGUUCAUGCUAUUGGAGGGUAGUGUUUCUUGAGAUUAUCUGUGUUUUUUAUGCGUUGACUCUGAUCACCUAUGGGAUUACUUUCAACUGCCGCUUCUUUCCUCUGUAGUCUUUCCCCCUUCAGAUCUUAGGGGGUGACAUUCAAAAGCAUGACUAACGUUCAUGCUUUGGAGGGCAGUGUUUCUUGAGAUUAUCUGUGAUUGUUAUGCGUUGACUCUGAUCGCCUAUGGGAUUACUUUCAACUGCCGCUUCUUUCUUCUGUAGUCUUCCCCCCUUCAGCUGCAAGAUAUUCUCUUACUUUUCAUCACAACUAUUAUCUUAGGCACUGUUGUUUCCCUGGGAGUUUGUGAUUGCAUUUCUCGUAUUGAAUCACUUUAUGCUAACACUAUUUGCAAUAUCUUUACUUGGGCAAUGUCCAUGCCCAGAGUGAAAUGGAUCUCAUCACAAACUUAAGCAUUGCUUUCUUGUACAUGCCUCAGAUUGAAAGGCCUUUACAAAGGCAUGGUGGAAGGCUUGAGCACAACGAAUCCUACUGUGGCUCUUGUUAUGGCGCUGAAGCGGUUGGUUCUCAUUGAGCUCGCAUGAUUCUGUGCCAAAGUUCCACUGCACUUUCUUUGCAAUGACUUGUUCCUUCCUGUUGCAGACGGAGGAGGAUUGCUGCAACUCAUGCGAAGAAGUUCGUGAUGCAUACCGAAAAAAAGGAUGGGGAGUAACAAAUCCAGACUUAAUUGAUCAGGUAAACAUUGGGCCAGGACAUUGAAGUAUCGAUUAUUUUAUGAACAUUGGGGACGGGACAUAGUUGAUGGCUGCUUCACACUCUUAAUUUAUUUAGCAUCCGCUUAGGUGGUCAACUUCCCCACAGAAAACUUGGCUUCUGAUAAUACAAGGAGCACCAUGUUGGCCCAUAAGACAGAAGGUGAUGAUGCCUUCCUAGGAGGGCUAACAGUGGUUAAAGCUGUUAUUGGAAUGGUUCUUGGACGAAGGAAGAAGUGGAGAUGAUUCUUGGGGUAUAUUUCUUGGGUUUCUGUGCCCACAUAUUUGAUGGGGGUAGAGAUUGAUCAUUUUUGUACAAAGUUCUUCAGCUACUAUAUGCAAGGAGAAUUUAUGAAAUUCUCUUGCUUAUCUUUUUCUUUUGUUCUUUCUGCAGUAUUUUGUUUCCAUGUGUUCCUCCCAGACCAGCACUUGGUUUGUCAUGUAUACAGUUCUCCCCUCAUUUAUGUUUGUUUUGGUUGAAGUGCUUUUGUAUUUCCUGGGAACUCCUGCAUUCUUUUCUAAUAAUGAAUCGGACGAAAUCUUGCUUCUGGUCCUUAUUAUUUUUAGUGAAAUCAUCAGCCUAUUAAAAAAAAGAAAAAUCAUCUUCACUCUUUGAAAAUGAUUUGUUCAUCAGAUCUCUCCCUAGAUAUGAUAACACCCCCAGUUUUUCUCCGCAGUGCAAGAGGGAGGGUUUCAUUCAAAGAAUCAAGGACGAAGAUGGUGAAGGAUGCAACAUACAUGGGUUCUUGGAAGUUACCAAGGUCGCAGGAAUUUUUCACUUUGCCCCUGGGAAAAGCUUUCACCAAUCUGGCUUCAUUCUGCAAGAUUUGUUCUUAUUUCAAACAGAAAAUUAUAAUGUAAGUUUAUGAGCAGCCAAUUCCAUCACUUCCGAACUCCCUUUCGAUUUGGGAACCUCACUUUUAGCUUCGAAUUUUUCUUCUAUUUUUGACAUAAAUCAAAAUGGAUCAGAUAAGCCACAAAAUAAAUAAGCUGUCCUUUGGGAAGGAGUUUCCUGGUGUUGUUAAUCCACUCGAUGGGUGAGUUUUCUGGUGCAUGAUUGUCAAUAUGACUGCUUGGCAUGCGUUGACUUGACAUUGUCCUUUACACUUUUUAUGUUUUCUAUGAGAAAACUUCAGUGCCCAAUGGACGCAGAAAGUGCCGUCGAGCAUAUACAAGUAUUUCAUCAAGGUGACGUCUAAACUCCAGUUCUUGAGUCAUCUAAAGGUUUCAAUUGGACGAGGAAAUCGUUCAUGAUACCCAUAUCAAGCAAUAAAAUAUCUUGAUCAUCCCUUUUUUAGGGUCAAAUAGAUCUGUUGGACACUUGUUUGAAGCUAAAAUGUUGUUUUUUUUCUUUUUUGGAAACUGUGCUGACAGUUUCUUUUCAAUUUAUUUAGGUUGUCCCUACAACCUACAAGGACAUAACAGGCCACAAGAUUAACUCAAAUCAGGCAAGAUGAUUUGUAUCCUUUUUAUAUUCACCUUGGAGAACAACAUGCGAAAACCCUGAACCCUGACUAGUUUCCUUGUAUCUCUGUGCAGUUUUCAGUCACUGAGCACGUGAGAGAAGCAGAUGAUUUCUCUCAACAGGUUCCUGGGAUUUUCUUCUACUAUGACUUCUCUCCGAUCAAGGUGAUUUCAGACGAUAUUUCUUGUGUGGAUUUAUCUAUGGUAUCAACUUGACUGCUCUAACUCGUGUGCAUCUCACGGCCACUCUUCAUGGUUGUAUCCCCCAUUUAGUUUGAAUGGGACUUCCAUAUUCUGGACACUAUUAUAAUUACAGCAGAAAAAAGUUACCACAUAUCUAUUUUUUAGUCUAUUUUCCUUUUACUAAUCUCAAUGAUGUGGUGAAUUGAAGACCGCUCUUUCUCAUAUGACUAUGCAUCCAUGCAUUCCUUAUCACAUGUUCACAUUUUUCUCAAAGAUUAUUAUGCUAGCAAUUGAGAAAAGAUUGUUGUACCUGGCAGGUGAUCUUCACGGAGGAGAACGCAUCCAUCUUGCACUUCCUCACAAAUCUCUGCGCCAUCAUCGGAGGUCAGACAGCAUGAAAAAAAUUUGAACUCAUUUCUAAUUCUAUCCAUUUGCACUUCAAAAUCAGUUCGUCAGGGUUCCUCUUUGUUUCCUGAAGGAAGACCCGAAAUGUUUCUCGCCAUUUUUUUAAUCUUCAAUUCUUCUGGGGUUUGCCAGGCAUCUUCACCAUCUCAGGAAUCAUAGACACCUUUGUGUACUAUGGCCAGCGGGCGAUCAAGAAGAAGAUAUAG